CUUUGUUUUUUUUUAGUGAAGAUCGGGAAAUCUUUCGAGCGAAGAGUCCUGAUUCAAUACACUACUAGCUAGAACCCCACCGGGUUCUACUAGUCGCUCUCCGUCACGUGUGGAGUUCUGAUCGUUGUUUUGGGGUGAGAGUGAUCUCGCGAGCUCUCGGAGCGCUGAGAACAGAUCCCGCACAAAUGUGUCACCUAUUUCGGGCUACAGGCUAGAGUGAAGUGCUGAGUUUUCCCAACACGGAUGCUGCGGGCCCGUGGGAGAAAAUCUGAGCAAGAUCUGCUCUCGAUUGUCUCGAGUUUUGCGGAAUAGGUUUCCUCCUUUCGGUAGUUGGUAGACUUUAUAUAUUGAUGUGAUCACCGGAGGAGGACUUCAAUCCAGUAUUAUCCGCAGAUUAGGACCGUUGAGUUCUUUCUCGAGAAGAGCAGGAAUCCGGCGCUUGCGACCUCCCGUGGAGUAGGACGAAAAGUGGCCGAUCAAUAUCACUUGCGAAAAAGAUUCAACGCGUGUUUUUGUGAAGGGCAAAUAUGUGCUUGUAUCAGGAAGUUGUUUGAUCUAUUUCAAAGUCCUGAGUAAAGAAAAAUCAGUGUUAUUUGUGAUAAAGAAAAAAAUCGGUGUAACGAUUGUACUUUGAGCUUGUUAAUAAAACUUCGUGAAUAUUAAUAAAAAUACCAAAAUGAGUCCAAAGCCUCAGGACAACAUUCCCGUGGUGCACGUGACUGAAGAUCAGGAAGUGCAGGGAUCGUUGAACAACUCCAGCAGUGUGGGAAAUCUAAGCAACAACCUCAAGCUGAAUGGAUUUAUCAACAACGGAUUCGUAACGGAUUGUCCUGCUCAGACCGAUAAAAAUGACCAGACAAAGGACCUGGAACUGAGGGAGAAGAAGAAUGCUAAGAACAGCUCCAGCACUGUAGCCGUACCCGAUCCCAGUGGCAAACCGGAGAAACCAAUUGUAGAUUUUGACGACCUCCUGCCACAUGUCGGGGAAUUCGGACGCUAUCAGAAAAUUCUCUUCCUGCUUAUGAUUCCCUUCGCAUUCUUCGUGGCCUUCGUGUACUUUGCGCAAAUUUUCAUUACCAUCACACCCGAACAGCACUGGUGUUGGAUCCCGGAGCUAGAACACUUGUCCGUAGAAGAAAGACGUGCCUUAGCAAUUCCCGUUCACUUUGAACAUGGAACCGAGUUUGACGACGGCACAGCUUCUUACAGCAAGUGUAGCAUGUACGCCGUCAACUACACCGAAGUGUUGGCCAACAACAUCAAAAAGGCCGAUCCUUCCUGGCCGACUCAGCCCUGCCAACACGGCUGGGAGUACAACUUUACCGAUGUGCCAUACCGGACCGCGGCCACCGAUCUCGAGUGGGUGUGCGAGAAUGCCUACCUCGCGACGCUGUCCCAGUCGAUCUUCUUCGUCGGUGCCAUCGUGGGUGGGCUGCUGUUCGGCUGGAUCGCCGAUCGUUACGGACGAAUCCCGGCACUAGCCGGAUGUAAUGUGGUCGGCUUUGCGGCCGGCGUUGCCACCGCCUUCUCAACGAGCUUCCUUCAGUUCGCGUUCUACCGGUUCCUGGUCGGAUUUGCCUUCGACAACUGCUUCACCAUGAUGUACAUCUUGGUUCUCGAGUACGUUGGCCCGAAAUGGCGUACCUUUGUUGCCAAUAUGUCCAUCGCGCUGUUCUUCACUACCGCUUCCUGUGCCCUGCCCUGGAUCGCCUACUAUCUGGCCGACUGGAAAAUGUUCACCAUCGUUACCUCGGCACCGUUGGCCCUGGCCAUCCUUACGCCGCUGCUGGUUCCAGAAUCCGCCAGAUGGUUGGUUUCGCAGGGAAAAGUUGACAAAGCUAUCUGCAUCCUGAAGAAGUUCGAGAAGAUCAACAAGAAGACUGUUGAGCCGAAAGUGUAUCAGGAUUUCACCGAUAGCUGCAUUCGUCUACAGGAGGAGGAAGCCGCUAACAACAACCACUCGGUGCUGGACCUGUUCAAGACUCCUCGUCUGCGAAACAUCACCCUUCUGUUGAUCGUCAUCUGGAUGGCUAUUUCUUUGGUGUUCGACGGCCACGUUCGUAACGUUGGUUCGCUCGGAUUGGAUCUGUUCUUCACCUUUACCGUUGCUGCUGCCACCGAACUGCCGGCCGAUACCUUCCUCACCCUGACCUUGGACCGAUGGGGACGCAGAUGGUUGGCCUGCGGAACGAUGGUGGCCAGUGGCGUGUUCAGCUUGCUUGCUACCACUGUACCCGUUGGUGCCUAUUCCGCGACGUUGGCCAUCCUGGGUCGUUUCAGCGUCAACAUUUCCUACAACAUUGGGCUGCAGUACGCCGCCGAGCUGUUGCCAACCGUAGUUCGCGCCCAAGGCGUUGCCUUCAUCCACAUCAUGGGCUACGUGGCCAGCAUCGUGGCACCGUUCGUGGUCUAUCUAUCUAACAUCUCCGUAUCGCUGCCGCUGAUCGUGCUCGGUGUGCUCGGAAUCAUCGGAGGUUUGCUGUCGUUGCUUUUGCCCGAAACCCUCGGACACGAUCUGCCCCAGACGCUGGCAGAUGGAGAAGAAUUCGGACGUGGGCAAAAGAUCUGGGACUUCCCGUGCUUGACCAAGAAAAUCGACGGCGACGACGACGACCGCAUCGACGACCUUCCGGUGGAGCGUUUCACGCGCAUCGCUUCCAAGAAUUCUAUCGGCGCCUCGCUGCGUGCGUCGACCCGUGGCGAACUUCGCUCCAGCAUGCUGAAUCGCUCGAUCCGUUCGCGCGUUUCGGUUCGCUCGCAAAACCGGGCAGAGCAGAAUCAGAUGACCGGCGUCGAGUGUGUCUGAUUUUUUGUUCCGUACAACGGAUCGAAAACGAUAAAUGGAACAUGCUGCCGCUCUCAUCCAUUCGCAACCGGUGGAAGUCGGCGGCAACCCGGUCCUAUUUAUCGCCUCAGACAAGAACAGAUUUUUUUUAAACCUAUUUAAAACAUACCUAUAUAGCACACAGGAGAUAGAUUAAUAGACUUAAGUUUUGUUUCUUCCCGCCGAUCGAUGGAUCUGUCAGUCAACACCUGAAAGUUGAAUCCGGCGUCUGGGUCUGCCGGUGAACUGGACUGGACACAGGUGGAUUUUUCGUCGUCGCUGCCGGGAAAACAAAACCGAACAACUGCUCAACCGUAUCGGAUGAUAGUAUAUUAGUUUAGGUACUCGUAUAUUUAUCAUACAUUUUAGAGAACAAGAUAUAAAAAGUAUGUGCGGGUUGAAUGAACACGCGAGCAAGCAAACAGGAAUCAAACGAACGAAGGAGGAUUUUAGCAACGAAUGAACGCGAACCCACCAUCCAAAUGCAAUGCAAAUUCAUCAAGCCACGGAACGAAGAUUACAACGAAUUCAAGGAGAAAUCAUAGUUCCUAACUCUGUAGGAAUUUUAUCCAGAGUGAGUGUAUAAACUAUUCCCAAAACCAAUCAAAGCCGUUUGGCAUUAGCGUAGUCACUCACCCUGCUAGCCAUAAAAUGUAGUAAAUCAAAUUUGCCAAAAGUAUUAUUCUAAUGUUCCAAUAAUAGCGAAGAGACUACUAAACAACCAAUCGGUGUUCCUAAGGCUGUGGUUUAAAUUGUGCCUCGUCGAGAAAAGAAAAAAAACAGACAGCACCAAUCAUCAUUGUAGUUUAGUAUGUGCUUACCUUAUUCAUCAAUCAGGACUUAUUUAUAUUGUAAGGAGAAGAAACAGGUUCAGAAGUAGCAUUUUAGAACUAAACUAUUGUAACUAUGUAUUCGAAGGUAGUAGCAAAAGUCAACCAGACAUGAUCGUUUAAGCAAAAUGACAGCAACAACAAGUACCUGCCACACUAUCGCUUUCGACAGUGUUCGUGCAAUGCAAUAGGCGAUUGAAAGUUUUUUACAAUUAUUUUUGUUUUUUAAUUCGUGCAAGUAUUUUUUUGUUUUACUUGUAAUUUCAAUGUUAAAAUCUGUAUACGAAACGCGGGCGAUUACCUAGUAGGCUAAAAUUUUAGCAGAACUCUCUCAUUUUUGACGCAAAUUCUAUGGAAAAAUUGUUAAUCUCAUUAAAUGUAUCUUGGAAUGUCUGACUUUUGCGCGUACGAAUUUACGAACAAUAAAGUAUAUGA